UGAUAACCGAAUAAGAUGGGAUCCAACAAGAGCAUACUACAGAAUGUAAUAGUUUGUGAAUGACUUUUUCCUAAGGUUGUCAAUAGAACAGCUCUUAAUGAAGGAAGGGAAAUGCUUAAUCACCUGGUACAUCUAUGACUUUUGAUGAUUAAUAAGUUUGAAAUUAAUCAUGAAGGAAAUGGAAGAAGUUAAUGAACCUGAUCAGCCUAUCUCAGGAGGGAGGCACGAAAUUCGAAAGAGAAGGUGCCCCAGCCAACCAAUGGUAGACAAAUCUCAGCAAACUGAAAUGACAGAGAAAAAGAGACCCACUGCCACACCACCAUCAUCUGGCCCCAAAGCUACCAUCAGUAUUGGCAAUAUUCCUGCAAGCAAAGGCAGCUACUCUGCCAAAGAGUAUGAAUCUCUUAGAAUAUCUUCUCAACUUCAGCAAACUUGGACAAAGAGAAAGCAUGGGCAGGAAAUGGUUAAUAAAUCUCUGCAGACAGACACCAUCAGAAAAGAGAAAAAAGAAAUCAAUUUAGUUGAUGAAACAGUGGUACCGGAAGAAAAGCCAGCAGGUAUUGGGGAAGUGGCCUCUGAUUUACCACAGUAUGUUCAGGAAGUAGAAAUUCCAACAAGCAAACCCUGUUUAGUUCAGUCAAAAGUAGACAGAUCUCAGCAGACCAGCUGUACUGGAGACGUGCUGAAAAUUCCCCAAGUAGAAAAAAUUGACAAGGAACAACAGACAUCAUUUAGUGAGUUGGAAGUAAGGGUCGCUUCUAGGCCAAGUAGUUCUUUUACAAAAUCAAAGAAAGGUGCCCAGAAAGAGAAAUCCUCAGGAAAUAUUUUUGUUAGUGAACACCCUGAAUUUCAAACAGAACCAAGUAGCCGUGAAGAAAUUAGGCAGAAAAGUCUUGACAGAGCUUCAUUUACUCAGGAGACUAAAAAAGAUGCUCCUGCAGUUUUAGAAGAUGAGUCUAGCCUAGAGGCAACCACACCUGCUGAAGAGGAUUCCUUUGUUAAAAAAGGGGCUUCUGCUGAAAUACAGGUGGAAGUACAGCCUUCCAUUGCAGCAGAGAACCCUGCUGAAGUGCAGCCCCGACCAGCUGAAGAGGCCACAGUUAAAGCAAAGCCCAGCCUUGUUGAGGAGACCUCUGUCCAAGUGCAGCCUCCAGCUGAAGAGAGGCCUGUGGCCAACACAGCCGCUAGAAUGGUAGAGGCCUCUGAGGAAGUACAGGCUCAGUCAACUAAAGGGCUGCCUUUAGUAGAGUCUCCUAUUGAAAUCCAGCCUCCGCUAGUGGAAGAGACCCUUUUACAAGUAGGGUAUCCACUAACUAAAGCUCUUCCUUCUGAAAUUCAGCUUUCGCUGGCAGAAGAGGCUCCAGUUGAAGUGUUGCCUUCAAUAGCCGAGGAUGCCAAUGAAGAAGCUUUAGCUAAUCUAGAGCUCACUACCAUGGUUGAAGAGAACCCUGCUGAAGGUCAGCCUUCAUUAGCUAAAGAGGCUCCUGCAGAAGAGCUGCUGGCUAAAAUUCAGCCUCCAUCAGCUGAGGAGGGCCCUAUAGGAGAGGCCUCAGGUGAAUUUCAGUCUCCAGGAUUUGAGAAGGCUCCUGCAGAAGAUGCUCCUGUUCAAGUUCAGUCUCAGCCAAGUGAAGAAUCUCCUGAAGAAGAGGCCCCUCCUCAAGUGCAGUCUCCACCAGCUGAUGAGCCUCCUGCAGAAGAGGCUCCUGCUGAAAUUCAGAGUCAAAAGAGUCAACAAGCUGAAGAUGCUCCUGCAGAAGAAGCCCCUGCUAAGGUUCAGUCUCCACCAGUUGAUGAGGCACCUACAGUAGAGGCGCCUGCUGAAAUACAAAGUCAACCAGCUGAGAAGGCUCCUGCAAAAGACACCUUUGUUCAAGUUCAGUCUACAACUUCUGAUGAGACUCCUACGGAAGAGGCCCCUGAUCAAGUGCAGAUUCUACCCACUGAGAAGUCCCUUCCUGAAGUCCAGUCUCCACUCGCUGAGGAGGCACCUAUAGAAAAGGCCACUGAUCAAGUUCAUUUUCCACCAAUUGACGAGUCACCUACAGAAGAGGCCCCUGCUGAAGUUCAGAGCCAACCAGCUGACAGAUCUCCUGCAGCAGAGCCCCCUGCUCAAGUGCAGUCUUCGUCAGCUAAUGAUGCUCCUGUAGAAGAGGCCCCUGCUCAAGUGCAGUCUCCGCGAGUUGAUGAGGCGCCUACAGAAGAGGCCCCUGCUGAAAUUCAGAGUCAACCAGCUGAGAAGACUCCUGCAAAAGAGGCCCCCUCUGAAGUCCAGUAUCUACCUUCUGGUGAGGCACCUGCAGAAAAGUCCUUCCAUGCCAUUUGGUCUCCCAUAGAUGAGGAGGUCUCUGCAGAAUUUUAUUCUUCAUCAGUUGAAGAGACUUCUAUAGAAAAGGUCCCAGCUGAAGUUCAGCCUACUCCAGUUGAGGGAAUCUCUGAAAAAGAGGCCCCUCUUGAAGUUCAGUCUCCACCAUAGACAAGGCUCCUACGGAAGAGAUCCCUUCUGAGGUUCAGCUCUUAUCAGCUUAGGGAGCUCCUGCAAAAGAGACCUCUGCUAAAGUUUGAGCUCUACCAGCUGAGGGCUUCUGAAGAGGCCCUUGCUGAUAUGCAUGCUUUAUUCACUGAUGCAGUUCCUACUGAAGAAUUUCCUAUGCAUGAGAUGUCAGCUGAAAUUUCAUCUUCAUCAUCUGAACAAGCCCCUGCAUGUGAUGCUAUAGCAGAGAAUAUCUCUACUGAAUCUUAA